AUGGUGCUUGAUAAUUUAGACGUUUCACGCGGUGAACCGUUAUAUUCUAGCAUUCAGAAGUUCUUCAUAAGAAACGUUCAGAGUGAAGAAAAAAUUAAACACCUCCGUGUUACAGUUGAUUUUAUAAAAAAUCAGAGUAAAGUUUCAAAACAAGUUUUAAGUAUACAAGUUAGUGAUGAUGAAGAUCCGUUUUAUUAUUAUUCCCUUGUUUUGACUGAGGAGAACUAUCAAAGACUGAAACAACUCCAAGGGCUUUUAGUAGAUUUUGAUAGUUUUCCCACUCAAGUUAUCAGACUUCUUGAACAAUGUAAAGAACAAGAAUCAAAUGACUCGAAGUUUCUUCUUCUGCUUGAAGAAGACAAGAAAAAUGGAGGGGAUUUUCAUCAAACGUCAUUAAAAAUUGUUGAAACUAACAAUUUUAAACACCUUUGUCAUUUGGUUCUGUAUAUUGAAGCUGGUAAUGAUAAUGAUAUCAAGAAGUUAAUGUUAAAAAAGAUUGAAGUUUUAAAAGAUAAAAAUGUAAAGGCUGAAAGAUGCAUCAGUGAUCUGGAAUCCCAAUUAUUUGCUAAAAAUAAGUGUUUGCAAAGUAAAGAGCAUGAGUUACAGGAAAUCAAACAUAAAUGGAAAGAAGAAAGAUUAGCUUUUAAAGCAGAGAGCACUAAAGAACUCACUGAAGAAACUGAAAAAAUGAGGAAAGCACAAUUGGAAUGGCAGAUUAAAUCGCAGAGGGAAAGAAAUGAAUUGGAAGAUAAAUACCAAACAAAUCUCAAAGAGAAAGAAUCAGAAUUAUCUAGAUUGCGCAUUGAGAAUCAAAUUUUGCAAGAAAAACGUACUCUUGCUGACUCUACUCUUGUUGAACAAGCAAGACGAAUAGAUAGUCUUGAAAAAGAAGUUUCUGCCUUUCGGGGAGAUAUAAUGUCAUUAAGAAAACAGAACGCCAAGUUGGACAGUGAUUAUCACGAUAAAGAUAGGCAAGUUCAUAAUUUGAAGACAAAACUAGCAGUGGCUGAACAAGAAUCAAAAGAUAUGGGUGUCAUAUUGAAUAAACAAAAAGAACUAUUAAAUUCUGCAAAUGAACAGAAAAAUCGACUUGAGGAGGUUAUUAAUGAAAAGGAAAAAAAUAUCCAGCGCAAACAGACAACAAUCCAAAAUCUUUCAGAUGAACUAGUUAAAGCAAAUGAAAUCAUAACAAAAAUUCAGAAAGAAUUAAGUUUAAUUAAUCAGAAAUUAAAAGUUCGUACUGUCAUUGCAUUAGAACAAGAAAAAGUAGUUGAGACCAGUCAAAAGAAAAUAACUAAGCUUGAAGAAUCAAUUAUUUCUCAAGAGAAAAAGAUACAAUCUCUUUUAGAGACAGAAAAGUCAUUAAAAUCUUCUCUUCGUGAUUUGAAUUCAACCAUUAAUGUGAAAGAUAAGAAAAUAAAAGAAAAUGAGAGAAUUAUUGAUUGGUUAAAUCGAAGGCUUUCAGAGCAGAGUAAAUUAGUAAAUAGCCCUACUUGUGCCACUCUUCAGAAUGGUCUAAUCUCUGGCCCGACUUCCACUCCUUUUCCUCAGUUUAGAAAUGGUGAAGUCAAUAUGUGUAAUACCAUUCCAUUUUCUGUCAAAACAUCAUCAUCUGUUGAAAACACAAAUCAUGAUUAUCAGAAACAGCUCGAUGAUGUUGAAAACACUCCACCAUUUAGUAAAAUGUCACCCCAAACAGAUUUAAGAGAGCCAGUAUCAACUGAACAUCUUAAGAAUGAUACUCCCAAAUCAAGUGAACCAAAUAAGAAAAAAACAUCCGACUCUGCUAAGCAUUUGGCAAAGAAAACUAGUAGAUCUGUAGGUUUCAAAAGAAGCACCUUACCUGAACCUCAAAUAACUACUGUCCCAUCUUCGUACUUUCUUAAAUAA